CACACACCAUGUUCAACACAAACCUCAGCCUUACCGUGCCAUCGCUCCUUAUCAUGGACGGUGGCACGCCCAGGACGCCGGAGAUCCUGAACUCGCUUAUGGCCAUGACAAGCCCGCUCGAGUACUCGUACCCAGUGAACAACUCACAGACAUCACUGAACGACAGCCAUUCCAACAGCUCCGACUCUCCACUGGACUCGCCGGCCAGCCAACAGCAUCAAACGCAACAUCAACAGCACCAACUGCACCUUCACACCGGCAAAACGCCGAGCGUACAACAGACAUGCUCGCAACUGAUCAAGGAAGGUGUGAAGCUGUUAAUCCAGAGCAAACGCAAACACAGCGGUGGAGACUCGAGCGAUGGAAACGAAUCCUGCACGCCAAAGGCGAAGGUUCCUCGACGGCGUGAUCCCUCCAUGACCGAUCACCGGGAAACGAGUGAAGAUGACAUCGAAUCAAAGGCAAGUCCUCGCUCGACUGUUGCGUUAACACCAGAAGACGAGGAUCGGCGACGGCGACGCCGCGAAAGGAACAAAAUCGCCGCCACCAAGUGCCGUAUGAAGAAGCGCGAACGGACGGUUAAUCUUAUCAACGAAUCGGAAACACUCGACGCCCAGAACAAGGAGUUAAAGUCGCAAGUCAGCAAGCUGGAAACGGAAUACCGGAAGUUGGUGGAGAUACUGCAGGCACACGGUCCUACCUGUGUCCAUCAGAAGGGCUAUCAACCUCUACCCUCGCUGUCUACGAUUAUCAGCGGAAGUAGUGUUGCUAGUGGAGGAAAGUAUCUUAACGAUCUGAACUAUCUUGAUCAGGACCAAACGGGACAGGGAGAGAUUAAGUACUCCGAGUGUCUUAAGUCGGGUACCUCCAGCUCUGGCGGUUCAUCGAUGGAUAACUUCUCGAAGCAAGAUUCUGGCAGCCUUCUUCCUCCCGGUUACUGUAAGCUAUCUCCAACGGAACCGACAAGCUUCCUUCUCGACUCACCCUCAGAACUAUCCGGAGCUAUAGAGCAAACAUCCAAAUCGGACUACAUUCCCGUAUCUUCCUCUUCGGCUUCAACUCCAUCGAACUGCACCAGUCAACCCCCUACAAAGAAUGGACGAUCGAAGCCAGGACCCAAACCACGACAGUCACGAGCACAAAAACAAACGAACCAGCAAACGGCGGCAGUAACGUCCACGACUACGAAUCUUCCUUCGCUGCACAGUAAUGCCAUCACCACGACGACUACAGCUCCGUUCAGUAACAAAGGAAAUCCUCUGAUUGCAGCAACCCUCAUGACGACGACACCCUCUUCCUCGCCCUCAUCCGUACCUUCUCCAUUAACUGUGGGCCAUUCGGUUUCAACGGUGAACGUUAUCAACCAGAUCGGAACACUCGUCACCGCAGACGAUGAUGAUUUUAUACUGAAAAACGAACUCAUCGACACCCAAAGCCCAUACACAUCGGUACAGAGUGCGGAUCGGUUUCUGUUCGAUGCAACACUCGAUCUGUACAACAACAACGCACACAGUCCUCUAACGGCUGGGCUUAACUGUGGUCAGUCGCAUCAAGCUCAACAGCAUCAAUCGCAACACAACCAUCAUCUGCAGCCCUCACAGCACGGCGGAACACUCAACAACAACAAUCCAAGCAUGGUAAACGAAAAUGACAAACUGAAUCACCUGAACGCCAUUAAAGACAACACCUCCAACACGCUGCUCGAGUUUGGAGCCAGCUUUGAAACGCUUAAACCCGCCACGGUGGACUACACUCAGCACCAGCAACAGCAGCAACAACAACCGCAACACUCCAACGGGAUGCAUCAUCAGCAGCAGCAACAGCAACAGUUGGACAGUUUGCUCGUGGUCGGCGAUCCUACGCUUGGCCAUCUUCUCCAUCAUCACCCGCAGCAGCAACAACAAAACCACCAACAACACCAUCAUCAACAUCAGCAACAAUCUCAACAGCAGCAUCAUCAACACCAGCUACAGCAACAUCACCAGCUUCAGCAACAUCAGCUGCAGCAACAUCACCUCCAACAGCAGCAGCAGCAGCAGCAGCAGCAGUUACAGCAGCAACAGCAGCACCAACACCACCAGCAAAUCGUCCAUAAUGCACUAGACCUGCUGGGACCGGUGGCAAACGAUUACCUGCUACUACCCGACGAUGAUCCGACAGAUUUCACCGACCUGGACAGUGGCAUAACUGCGUACAACAGCAUCAACGGGUGUUUGGCGUGACCAGCAGCUUUCGAUCUUUAAACACACAUACACAAAGCUA